UCUUUUGACGUUUCCAAUGGUUACCAACUCAUGUUUCCAAUAAAUUGUUUGUUUUUAAUUUGAAUUAAUUGUUGAUUUAAUUUAAAUUGUUGAUUUUCCGAUGAGAUGCCUUUAAAUUGUUCUCGUUGUAAAGAGGCAAAGGCCAUAUUGAAACGACCGAAAACUCGCGAUGCAUUAUGUAAAGAGUGUUUCUAUUAUUGUUUCGAAUCAGAGAUUCACAAUACAAUUAUUGAAGGCAAUUUAUUCAAGCGAGGAGAUAAGGUAGCUAUUGGAGCCAGUGGUGGUAAAGAUUCAACAGUUUUAGCAUAUAUUAUGAAGCUAUUGAAUGAGAGACAUGAUUAUGGUUUAAAUUUGGUUUUGUUAUCAAUUGAUGAAGGUAUUACUGGUUAUCGUGACGAUUCAUUGGAAACUGUUAAGCAAAAUCAGAGAGAUUAUGCUUUACCUUUGACAAUUCUUUCAUAUAAAGAUCUUUAUGGUUGGUCAAUGGAUGAUAUCGUUAAACAGAUUGGCCGAAAAAAUAAUUGUACCUUUUGUGGUGUUUUCCGACGUCAGGCUCUUGAUCGUGGAGCCUUAAAGUUAAACUGUAAUGUGAUUGUAACAGGUCACAAUGCCGAUGAUAUUGCUGAAACUAUUUUAAUGAAUGUCCUUCGAGGUGAUAUCGCACGAUUGAAACGUUGCACCGCAAUUAAGACUGGAUCUGGAGAAAAUUCUGAAGAAAAUGUGAUACCAAGAUGUAAACCUUUUAAAUACACUUAUGAAAAGGAAAUUGUUAUGUAUGCUUAUUUUAAGAAGCUUCAUUACUUUUCCACUGAGUGUAUUUAUGCCCCUAAUGCUUAUCGAGGCCAUGUAAGAAGUUACCUUAAAGAUUUGGAGUCUGUUCGAUCAUCGGCCAUUUUGGAUAUAAUUCAUUCAGGGGAAGUUCUUGCAGUCGAUGAAGGGAUAAGAUUACCUAUUCAAGGAACAUGUGAAAGAUGUUCUUACAUCUCAAGUCAGCGAAUUUGUAAAGCCUGUGUAAUGUUGGAAGGUUUAAGAAAAGGAUUACCCAGAUUAGGAAUAGUUAAAAGUAGUAAGGUAAAAAUGAUAAAAAGAUUGGAACCAGAUGAAACUAAAUCGAAACAAUCAAAGUGUGGCUCAUGUAAUUGUACAAAUGACAAACCUAUCGAACUAAAUUAGAAAUUUUCCAACUCUUGGUUAAUUUCUUUAAUCCAAAUGUAAA